AAUUAGAAGUAUGUAUGUAGGUACUAGAGCAAAGUAUAGACUAGGUGAUCUAGAGACAGGUUGGGUGAAGAGUGAAAGAGGAGUGAGACAAGGCUGUAUAUUAUCACCAACAUUAUUUAGUCCUUUCACAGAGGAAUUAGCAGUCAGAAUGAGGAGAAUGAAUGCAGGAGUGAGAAUUGGAGAGGAUAAAGUAUGUGUGUUGUUGUAUGCGGAUGAUGUGGUGGUUAUGAGUGAGUCUGCUGAAGAACUACAGAGUCUCCUAGAUGUGGUAGGGGGUUAUGGAAGGGAUUUUGGGGUUAGGUUCAGUAGUGAGAAGAGCAAAGUAAUGAUAGUGAAUAGGUCAGAGGAUGAGAGAGAAACAACUUGGGGACUGGAAGGGGAUGAGUUGGAACAGACGGAAGAAUACAAGUAUCUAGGGGUGUGGAUGGAGGUAAAUGGAUGCGGCAGGGCCAAGAAUGUAAAGAUAAGUAUGGCAAACCAGUGGGUAGGCCGUUUAGGGAGUGCAGCGAGGAUGAGAGCGAGCAAGUAUGAUGUCAUCCGUGAGGUUUGGAAGAGUGUGGCUGUCCCGAGCAUUAUGUAUGGAAUGGAUGUGAUGACAUGGAAUGACAGUGAGAUAGAAAAAUUGGAAGUGGGGCAGAAUAGGGUAGCAAGAAUGGCACUGAAUGCACCAAGGUUUGCAGCAGUAGAGGCUCUUAGGGGGGACAUGGGAUGGAGCACGUUUAGUGAAAGACUAGUAAAGGCAACCUUGAGAUAUAAAGUGAGACUGGAACAAAUGGAGGAUGCAAGAUUAGCAAGGAAAGUAUACUUGUGGAGUAUAAGAGAUGGCAAAUGGGCGAAUAAAUGUGGGCGAAUGAUAGACAGGAAUGUUAUGCUAAGUAGGUGGGUGUACCGACCCUUUGAAGAUAGACAGAAUGUGUUUGAAUGGAGAAUAACAAACAGAAAUGGAGAGGGGUUUGAGUGGGAUGUAAGAAAGUGGAAGAAUGUGAUAGAUAUGGCAGUUAAAGAUGAGGGAUUGAGCAAGUGGAAGAAUGAGAUGGAAAGAAAGGAAACUCUCGACUGGUAUAGGGAGAAAGAGGCCCCAAAAUGUGAGGUGUGGUAUGAGGGAAGCCUGGGAGGUGAUCUUCUUUUCCGUGCUAGAGCGCAGUGUCUGGAUGUGAAUGCAAGGAACUAUAGAUGGUCUGAGUCCCGCAGCAAAAGACGAGUGGACGAGUGAUUGAGGCAGUGAAAGAGUUCUUGGAGGGCAUGUGGCGUGAAAGAUGUAGGGAAUGAUAUCUUGCCCCGAGAACAUUGACUUCCCGCAUGUUUUGUUUUCUUUUCACAGGAGCUGCCGAUAUAAAGGCCUGGCUGGGGAGAAAUCCCGAGCCACCUGUGACAUCAAGAUCAAGAUCAAGAUCAAGGUGGGG